AUGACACGAAAAGAAUUCCUUUGCAUCCUUCCCGACAAUCCAAAUGUCCUUGCCAUCAGAAAACAAGUUAAAGGAAUCCACUACGACGGAAUCAAGCCAUUAAUAGCGGCCGGAAAGCUUGUGGAUGGAGGUGCUAUCUUUGAGAAACACCCUGAAGAGGGAAAGGAUGCCCUGUUUAAGGGUAGCGUGAUCGUGUACUCGGCUAAUGAUGCUGAAGAAGUCCGCACUAUUCUUGAAAAAGAUGUUUACGCCACGAGUGGUGUGUGGGACUUGAGUAAAGCUCAAAUUUUACCUUAUGUCGCAGCUGUUCGAGAGCCGCUUUCAUGA